AGAGCUCCCUAUUCAGCUAUGCAACACAAUUCUUUAGUUCUAUCCUUCACUUCUCUAAGCAUAAUUUGUUACAAAUCAAAAUGGAGAGCUUAGGGAAGUUGGGGCAAUGGUCUUUUCUAACUGUUGCUUUGGCAAUUUGCUUAGUAGCCAGCACUGUUGUUGCUGAUUACUCUUAUGAGUAUACUUCACCCUCACCUUCUCACAACUCUAACAAGUACUACAAAUCACCAUCUCCUUCCAAGUAUCAUGUGCCUACUCCAUAUUACAAGAAACCUUAUCCAUCACAUUAUUACUACAAGUCACCAGCACCUUCAAAGCACGCUUAUUACAAAUCGCCAUCACCAGCAAAAUAUUACAAGUCACAUGUUCCUUCAAAGCACUACUACAAGUCACCGGUUGCAACAAAGUAUUACUACAAGUUCCCAACUCCUUCAAAGCAUUAUUACAAAUCACCCGUUCCUUCUAAGUAUUACUACAAGUCCCCAUCACCCGCAAAGUACUACAAGUCCCCAUCUCCAACAAAGUACUACAAGUCACCUACUCCAUCAACAAACUAUUACUACAAAUCACCAUCUCCAACAAAAUAUUACAAAUCACCCACUCCAUCUAAAUACUACAAGUCACCUUCACCAACAAAAUAUUACAAGUCACCAGUUUACUACAAGUCACCUCCACCUCCACCAAAAUACUACGAGCAACCACCAACUUAUUACAAUUCUCCACCUCCACCAUACUACCAAGAAUCUACACCUUCCUAUAAAUCUUCUCCACCUCCUCCAAAGACCUAUGAACAAUCACCUACAUACUACUCAUCUCCACCACCACCAUACUACAAAGAAACACCAACCUAUGCCUCCCCGCCGCCACCUGUGAAGUACGAGGAACCUGUCACCUAUGCUUCACCGCCGCCACCUGAGAAGUACGAGGUUCCUCCCACCUAUGCUUCACCUCCACCCCCACCACCAACCUAUUACUAGUAGUCAAAACCAUUUUCUCAAUCAUUUUCCACCACCUUUGGGGUUUUCCAUUUCCUUUUAUGCUUCCUAAAAUUACCGGCUUUGUUUGUUGUGUGUUCUUUUUGUAUUAAUAAUUCGUAAUAUUUAUCUUUGGAGAUUUAAGUAAGAUCCUUGUGGUCUACAUCAAUUUGAUUUAUUGUAUCAAGAUUUUAUUUUGGUGUAAUUUAUCAUGUAUUUUAUUUUGUUUAAUAUUGUAUCAUCUGUGUUUCAUAUUGUAUGUUCUAGUUGACU